UUUUGAACAGGUCACUGGUUUGUGUUUUUUUUUGAACAGGUCACUGGUUUGUUUGUGUUUCGCAUUUUCUUCUAUAUAAGCUCUGCAAAGUAGCUCUUUUCAAUGUGUUAAAAGAUUAAUCAUGCCAACAAGAGACAUGAGUUCUUCUAAGGCACAGCAACAAACACACAACCCAUGUCCUCCUCAUGCGGUGUGCAUACCAUACCCAGCACAAGGCCACAUCAACCCAAUGCUAAAACUAGCAAAGCUACUUCAUCACAAGGGCUUCCACAUCACCUUCAUCAACACCGAAUUCAACCACCGCCGCCUCCUCAAAUCCCAGGGCCCCCACUCCCUCUCCGGCACCUCCUCCUUCCGCUUCGAAACCAUUCCCGACGGCCUCCCUCCCUCCUUCCGCUUCGAAACCAUUCCCGACGGCCUCCCUCCCUCCGAGGCCGACGCCACUCAGGACAUCCUGGCACUCUGUCACUCCAUUAUGCACAACUUUAUUGAUCCCUUCAGAGUCUUACUCGAUAAACUCAACGACGAGGCUGCUGCGUCAUCGGACGUACCUCCGGUGACAUGCAUAGUUUCAGAUCUGACAAUGAGCUUUACUCAGAAAGUGGCUGAAGAAGUGGGCAUACCUGCUGUUUUUUUCUUCCCUGCCAGUGCUACUGCCUUAAUGGGCCUUGUGGCUUAUCCCCAACUCAUACAGAAGGGUAUUGCACCACUCAAAGAUGCAAGUUAUUUAACAAAUGGUUACCUAGACACUGUGAUAGAUUGGAUACCAGGCAUGAAUGGCAUACGAUUGAAGGAUCUCCCGAGUUUCAUUCGAGCCACUGAACUGAAUGUCAUGACUCAUUUCCUUUUGGAAGCAAUUGACAAAGCACACGAAGCUUCGGCCAUCAUUUUCAAUACCUUCGACGCUUUAGAACAUGACGUUUUAGAAGCACUGUCAACAAUGUACCCACCCAUAUACCCCAUUGGCCCUCUUCAGUUUCUCCUCGACCAAUUCCCACAAAAUCACUUGAAUUCCAUUGGAUCAAGCCUAUGGAAAGAAGAAACAGAGUGCCUUUCAUGGCUUGACUCGAAACAACCCAAUUCAGUCAUUUACGUCAACUUUGGCAGCAUCACUGUUUUGACACCCCUACAAUUGAUUGAAUUCGCCUGGGGACUCGCUAAUAGCAACCAAACAUUCUUAUGGAUCAUUAGGCCUGAUCUGGUUGUUGGUGACUCCGCGAUUCUUCCACCGGAUUUUGUGAGUGAGACUAAAGAAAGGAGUCUAUUAGCAAGUUGGUGCCCUCAAGAACAAGUCCUCAAUCAUCCAGCAAUUGGAGGUUUCUUAACACACUCUGGGUGGAAUUCGACUCUUGAGAGUAUUUGCAGUGGGGUCCCUAUGUUGUGUUGGCCAUUCUUCGCGGAUCAACAGACGAAUUGUUGGUUAUGUUGCGGCCAAUGGGGUGUUGGGAUGGAGAUAAACAACGAUUUUAAGAGAGAGGAAGUUGAGAGAAUGGUCAGAGAGUUGAUGGCUGGAGAGAGGGGGAAAGAGAUGAAAAGAAAGGUCAUGGAGUGGAAGAAGUUGGGUGAAGAGGCCACGACUUGUUCUGUUGGGUCAUCUUACUUGAAUUUUGAGAAGAUGGUCAGGUUUGUGCUUAUGUCUGCUGGUUCAAAUCAAAGUAGUUAGUGUGUGUGCACAUUUUCAUCUUACAAGCAAUUUCUGAAAUAAGUUGUUUCUUUUUUCUUUCUUUUUUUAAUUGUUUAGAAUAAUCUUGUACAAGUAUUGUCUUGACAGGGGGUUAGGGAUGGAUUUGUAUUUUGAUUUCCAUUGUGUCUCAGAAUUGUAUUAUUAUGCUUUUUUAAUAAAGAACAUGUUCUUGUUGUA